AUGGCGAUGUCCAACCCCUCCAAGUUCACCCUCAAUACUACAUAUCGUUUGAAAUCUGGUCACGAGAUUCCCGUCCUGGGUUAUGGUGUAUAUCAGACGCCUCCGGCCACGUGCGAAGAGGUAACGACCUACGCACUACGCGUUGGCUAUCGACACAUUGAUUCAGCCCGUGCCUAUGAGAAUGAGCAACCCUGUGCAAAAGCCAUUUCGGCCUCAGGCCUCGACCGAGAGCAGGUCUUCUUCACCACCAAAGUCCACCCUCAGGACAUGGGCUACGAGAAGACGGUGCUUUCGAUUGCGGCAUCUCUCUCUGAGACCGGUCUCGAUUAUAUCGACUUAUAUCUAAUUCACGCCCCGUUCGGAGGCAAGGAAGCUCGACUAGGGACCUGGAAGGCACUCAGUGAGGCGCAAAAAGAGGGCAAGAUUCGAUCUAUCGGCGUAUCGAACUACGGCAUUCAUCACCUAGAGGAGUUGGAGGAGUAUAUUAAAAGCACCGGUAGCUCUAGUGUUAUCAGUGUCGGCCAAUGGGAACUUCAUCCUUGGCUUCCCCGUCAAGAUAUCGUCGACUGGUGUGAGAAGAGAAAUAUUAUCCUUGAGGCUUAUUGCCCUGUCAUCCGGGGCGAGCGUAAAGAUGAACAAGUCUUACAAGAUCUGAGCCAGAAGCAUGGGAAGACCUGGGCGCAGAUCCUGUUACGUUGGAGUUUACAAAAGGGAUAUGUGCCUCUGCCUAAGAGUGAGACACCUUCAAGGAUCGAAGAGAAUGCAAAUCUCUACGACUUUCAGCUCGAUGCAGAGGACAUGGGAAAACUCCAAUUUCCCACUUCCUAUGCCUCAUGUGCGUGGGACCCAACCACGAGUCAUGACUGA